AUGUGUUUCAAAGUAUUAGUACAAGCAAUAGCUCGAGUAGGAGACGAAAUCAGAGGAACAGUUGGGCUUCACGAUGGCCAUAAUGUUCAAGAGAAAGCGGGAUCCCAAGAAACUGGCUGUCAAGUGUCUUCCAAUGUUACACCUUUGUGGAUGCGCCACCCUAUUUUUUCUCCCCUUCUUACAGAUGAAGAAAUGGUCACUCAAGCUUUGUAUGCAGUGCUGACUCCCUUACUGAGUGAAAGAGAAAAAGAGUGGAGACAGGUUUUCAGAAAUAUAUUUGGUUUACAGGAGGAGCAACAUCCAGAGAACACCUUUGGAUCGACAGAUAUUGAGAAAAUGGUAAAACGGGUACUUUUGGAAUGGGGAUACAAUAAAGAAAUAACAAGUUUGUUUGGCAACAGAGACAAUGUGCUAGAAAGACAAGAUUCCUGCCCCUCAGACAUAGCUCUGAUACCCCAGGAAGAUAACGAUGAUGAUGUCCCAUGUAUAACCGAAGAAGGGAUGCUAGGAAUUCAAGAAAGCCUCAAAGAAGUGUCCCAGGAGUCCGUUGCAGAGGAAGAAGACGCACAGGAACUAAGCAGCCACGGAGAGUGUAUUUUAAGAGCAGCGCUUCACAUGUAUACCCUUCUUGCCAUUCAUCACUCAUGCUGUAUUAUGGCACCAUCCGGAGUUGGAAAAUCAACUGUGUGGAAGGUGCUGGCCGAAUCGCUAAACAGACUCUGGAGUCAAGAGGCGGUCCGACGGGAUGCAGUUGAGCCCAGGAGAGUUUCGUGGAGAGUUCUUCAGUGUGGAUCUUUCACAUCAUCCAACUUUCUUGGUUCUUGGGAUCAUCACGGAACAAAAUGGAGGAAAGGUGUUCUUUUCCAGGCGCUUGCAGAAGCGGAAAAUAUGCAAAGCGAAAGAUGGAUCAUUCUCGUAGGUCCAUUCCCGUCCUCCUUCCUAAGUGCUCUGAAUUAUAUCUGCCAAUCAAGGCUCAUUUUCAAGGACGAGGCAUUACAUCAAGUCACUCUGGGGCAGCAUGCGCGUAUCAUUCUCGAACUCGAAGAUGAAAGCGAAAUGACACCACAUAUUCGAGUCCGGUGUCCUGUUCUAAGACUGAAGUUUGAGGAAAAAGAUAUAAGAAGAAUGAUAAAAAUGUGCCUUCAUCAUGUGCUGAGGGACCUCCAGCAGUUGUCACAAGGCGAAGUAGAUGAACUUUCUUCAGUGCUAACAAAAGGUCUUGAAAGUCUGACUUUGCCAAACACUUCGCAGGAAAAGACAGCAGAGUGUAUCUGUAAACUAACAAGGAUUCGAGUCACACCAACUACCUCACCAGCCGAAAUUCUGGAGACCAUGCAGCAAGUGAUAGACCUUUUCCACACAGCCAGGCACCCUCACCUUCAUAAGGAAGUACGUGAAGGAACUUACACACCAGCCAGGUUAGAUUCUCGAAGCCCGGCUCCAUCAGAUGCCUUUUUGGAUUACCCAGCUCGAGUGGUUGCUACACCAGAGUUAAGAGCGGGUCUAGAUCUCUUGCCCCAGCUACUAGACACUUCAAAUCCUCUUCUCUUAUAUUCAAGACCAGGUCAGGGGUUAAGUACAUUCUUGGAUAUGUUCGAAAAAAACCAAGCACCAGCUACGAGAGUCAUCAGGUUUAAAUGCACUCCUCUCUCAACCGCCGAAGACUUGUUUGCGUGCAUGACAGAAGCUCUCCUCCCGUCACCAUUACCAGAUCAAAGUAAAUCAACGGUAAUUGAACAUGGAGAGGGAAUCUCCAUGAACUGGAAUGGCAGAAACCAUAUGAAGCAAUCGCCCCAGGACCCUAUCCCAGUCCUGGCACCAGGAGAAGGCGGGUUCUCUCUGCUGAUUUUGGAGGAUGUUCAUCUUCAGUUGGAGGCGGAAGGGACUAUCUGGGAGGCAUUCAGGCUAAUGGUAGAAUGCAGUGAGGUGGUCUGCCCCUCGUCGGGCACUAGGUACCACCUCCAGCGCGUGGUGCCUUUAUUGGCGAUGACGUGCGAGACGACACCAGAAGUCAUAGUUCCAACAAGAAUUUUUCGUCAUUGCAUCAUCAUGGCCUUGCCUCAUCAUUCCUCUGCUACAUGCGAGCAUCUCAUCAAGGUGUGUUUGCAGGACGUCCUGUCAGAGGUAGAAGACGACCGGCUUAUUCCAGAUGCUACAAGAGAUGCCGUCCUCGCGUUGUAUGAAGAGAUCCAAGGGCCCACACCAUCAACCGUCACACCGGCCACAAACCGUUCCCUCGUCACAGAGAGUCACGAUGAUAUCCAAGAUCAAGCUACAACCCAUGAACAAAUUACGGAAGCUCUUAACAUAGACGGCGAAACUCAUCCCAAACCUUCGAGCACUGAUGCUGACGACGAUGAAGCCAACACUUCCCGAUCUACCAAGAGCGAGGACAUCCAAGAAAAUCCUCACAGCAGAAAUGAACCCACUUCCCAAAGAAAGAAGGCUUCAAAAGGCUGGGCGAAUACAAGGGGAAGUGAUGGCGACUCCAGCACACCCAAUCUGCAUCACCUUCUUAAACUGACAGAAGCUUUAAGACGAAAUACUCGCAUACUGAACUUGACCGUGGGUCAAGCAGGGUCUUUCGUGUACUUUGAGGCCACCAGGGCUUUUGGAGGUUUGUUUGGCAAUGAAGAGGAGUUGUGCAAUAAGGUGCUGAAAAUUACCAAAAAUCAUUUCAAGGAGGUGGAGGAGCAUUUAGCUUGGUGGCCAGGAGUUACUGAGGAAGGACGAAAAAUGAUGAUGCACUCAAAAGACUACAGUGAAUUCCUUAAAAAUGUCCAGUAUCCCGAGGGCAUGAAGCCAAUCAUGUUUACCAAUGCUCACUUCAGCUGUUUACUGAAACUAGUAUUAACUAUGGAGACGGUCAAUGGUCAUGCAAUAAUUCUUGGACCUCCGGGAGUUGGAAAGAUGGCACUAACAAAGUUAGCAGCGUACUAUACGAGAGCUAGAGUUUACCAUUUAGAUGACAUCCCUGAAGAAGCUGGAAGACUGAGUGUAAUCAGAGCUGCAAUGGAGGCUUCGGGUGUCACAGGCCGCCGAACAGUUCUUCUACUGAAGCAACAUUCUUUAACGCCCAUUAUUCUAGAUAUCUUAUACUCUGUAGCUCAACAUGGCUGGAGUGAAGGUUUAUGGACACCUUUAAGAGUACGAGGUCUUCUGGAAGCAAUACGAAUGAAAGGUAAAGAGCCUCCUCAAGAGAAUCGCUGGAUGACUUUCCUAGAGGAAGACGACCUUGCAGCUCUCAAGCAUAGGUUCAUCACAAGCAUCAAAAGAAACCUUCACAUUUGUCUCCUUGCACAUUCCAAGAUGUCAGUGGAUGAGUGGUGUGAAAAAUAUCCGUCUUUAAGAAGCAAAUGGUUUUGGAUGAAAAUGGAAAACUGGGGACCUGAAACCUUACGCCAAGUUGCUCGGAGGAUCCUACUGCCGGCAGAUCUACCCCCACACAUCCUUCAUCAACUGAAAUCAGUCUUUCCUAAGAUUCAUAUGCUCCUAACUCAGCAAGAAAACAUGACAGUGACCGUGUCAGAUUUUGUUGAAGCUUGUCAGGUGACUGUCAAGCUUCUCUCCAAACGCAGAGCGCAACUUCGAGAUUCAUUAGCCUUAUUCAAAGGCGGGAUGGAUAAACUGCAAGAAACAACCGCCAGUGCGGAAGAACUCAAGGGGGAACUCGGAGAACUGGAACCCGAACUGAAAGCGACACAAGAAGAAGGUCAACGACUCACCCACGCACUCGCACAGAAAAGAAAUCAGGUCACAGCCAUAAGGGAACAAAUGGUCGUCCAAGAAGAAAAGGUCAAGGAAAGAUGUGAAGCCGUCAACACGAUGAACGACGACAUCAUGCAAGAGGUAGGAGAGGCUCUGCCUGGACUUGAAGCAGGAGAAAAGGGAAUCAAAGCUCUAGACAAAAAGGAUCUCGUAGAGGUGAGGGUCUUGAAUAAGCCGCCAGAUCUCGUCCUUGCUGUUAUGGAACCCAUUUGCCUCCUCCUGAAUGUUAAGUUAGACUGGACAGCCAUGAAAACGUUACUGGGUGACCCGGCAAUGACCAAAAGGCUACUUGAAGUUGAUAAAGACAACAUCUCUGAUGCUACUCUUCGGAAGAUACAGAAAUACACAUCGAGCUCCAAAUUUGUACCUGAUGAGGUGGCAAAAGUGUCAAAGCCCUGUAAACCACUGUGUGCUUGGCUGAAGGCUCUGGACCAUUAUGCUCAAGUUCUACGAAAUAUUGAACCUAAGAAAAUCAAGCUUGGUGAAGCAGAACGCGACCUCAACACUUUACAACUGGAGCAACGACAACUACAGCAGCAACUGGGCCAAUGCGAGAGAGAACUCAGUGAACUGCAGGCGAGAUACGAGGCCUGUGUGUGCCGACGACAACAACUUGAAGGUGGUAUUAAACGGGCAACGGCGCGGCUCCAGCGAUGUACCAGACUCACUACCGUUCUUGCCGAUGAGGACUCCAGGUGGUCAGCUAAAAUUAAGACACUGAUGGUAGAGGCGGAGGGAGUAUACGGAGAAUGUACAGUGAGUGGAGUGGCCGUGGCUUACUUCGGGUCCCUCGAGCCUGCCCUCAGAGAAAGCCUUCGAAGCCUUGUCAUUCAGGUUCUCCUUGAAGACGGCGUAGUCACACCAUCGAGACACGAUGAAUCUCUUCUUUCUGUUCGUUUCAGUCUCGUUGAAACGCUAUCCACUCCGGAGAUCAGGGAGACCUGGGAAGAUGCAGGACUCUACAGAGACUCGUCUUGCUUCCUGCAAGCAGCCUAUGCCUUUUCGGCGGUCAGGAGGCCGCUUGUCCUUGACCCAGAUUUCGUGUGCACGCGAUGGCUAACAAAAAAAAGAUCAAGAAUAGCAGGAGGACUACAAGUACUUCACGCAGGUGACGAAGGUGUGGUUUCCAAAGUAGUGGCGGCCGCCCACGCCCAGAAACCUAUUCUCAUCCUGCAAACGCCUACUCAUCUCACCUAUAAUCUCAGGAAAAUUCUUCAGAUUCCUCAAGCUAUCCAGGGCCCCGAUGGUGGAGUCAUAGAAGUGAAGAUCGUGCUGGUGACGGGCGAUGCGGCGCCUGUCCUUCCUCAAGAACUGUGCGCUUAUGUCACAAGAGUCUCAUUCGCCCUCCCUCCACUAGUUCUCGAAGGAAAGGGGACUCACUUAAGUAUCGACUAUGAUAACGAUGUCUUGAAGAUGGAGAGAAGUGACCUCUUUGACCAGCAGAGUAACCUGACUGCCAGCAUUAGUCGAGACCAGAAAUCUCUUGACGCAGUCGAUGACACAAUCCUCAAGAAACUAACCCAAACUUCCACCUCCCUCUUAGAUAAUGAAGAACUUCUGGCAGCUUUCUACGAAGCUAAGUCGACGUCCGCAGAGUUCCGCACCCGCCUUGGGGAAUGCCAGCGUACAUUACAGAAGAUUGGGAAUGUCAGAGACAAGUAUCGCCCCGUCGCCACCAGGGGAAGGCUUCUUUUUUCUACCUCUACGGCCCUGAAGAGGCUUGAUCCCAGUUAUAUCUUCUCGUUCCAGCAUUUUUUACACCUCUUCAGCCUCUGCAUCACUUCCGGAGGACGCGGAGAGGCGCUGAGUUUUGACCAGAGGAUCAGCUCCCUCGUCGAGAGCGUGACCGAGCUGGUCGUCAACCACGUCAGCCGCGCCCUGCACCCGAAUCAUCGUUUGGCUUUCAUCACAGCGCUCUGCGCGGCUGUGGCGGCAAAUGACGGCCACUUGACCCCCCCAGCAUGGCGAGUCAUUUUACAUCCGUCUCGCUAUGAAGAGCGAGAAGCCCUGGAGUCUGUUUUAGGCCUAGACGAGGAGUUCGAUCUGACCAUCAAGGAUCUUCUGAGGGGCAAACGCCUGCUCGUCAACAUCAACAACCUCGUCAUGGAGGUAGGACUCCUGGGAAGCAAAGGACACCCGGAAGCUCCCCGAGGCAGAAUUUCUGACUUCAACGCCUUCAUGCUGCUCCGCCUGACCAAACCACAGAUGAUGAUCGCAGGUGCACGAGAACUGGUCAACUGCAUGCUCGGAGAUCCCUCCCUACACAAACCUGAUCUUGCCUUGACGAAGCUCCUGGGGUCAGACGAGCGGAAGUACCCUGUGUUGGUGAGGUCCGACUACGGUCGCGAUGUCGCCGGGGAGGUCCUGGCCGCUGCCCAGGCACGGGGUCUGGCAGGGAUCACCAGGGUCAUCAUGCCCACAACGGCACAAAAGGUCAAUCCUUUGGAGAAGGUGGGCGUAGCUCACUUGGCCACAGUGUUACUCAAUGCCAUUCAGCAAGGAGGCUGGAUUGUCGUUCAGGGAGCUGAAUCUCCGGCGAUUUUACCAACACUGCUAGAAGCCAUGACAAACUUAGCUUCUCCUAAUGUAAAGGUUCACGAAGACUUUCGCCUCGUGGUAACCGUGGGCGUAGCAGACGAAUCUCCGUGUGAACUGACUCUGCUAGCUCGUCCAGUCCACCUGCAGCCAGCACCAACGUUCUUGGCCACACUCUCCGCCAUUUCAGCGCUCGUCAAUCACCACCAUUAUCGACAUCAUUAUCUCGGGGCAGAAUGGCGGAGAGCCAUCUGGAAAGCUGCUGCUGUCCACACCAUGUCGACAGUGUGCCGGCACUGGCAGUCUCGUCCGAGGCCUUCCCUGCAGCCCGCUGCUACACUCACGCCAAGAACGCAGGUCUCAUCCAUGAAAUCGCAGCCGUCGCUGGAGAAUCCUUCUUCGCUCGAUCCUUCACUGCGACUACAGAAGGAAUGUGAAUCCGAGGCGCGACCCAGAGAGGGAGGAGGCCUUGAUGGGCACAUCAACUUGUGUGAAAUUUCGACGACAUUUUCCUACCUCUACAAUUUGUCGCUUUCUCACCCUCUCAGCGACGACACUUUACGAUGCUUUUUAGAAGUGACUUACGGGGGUGAGGAGACCUGGGGCGAAGUGAUCUCCUCCAUGCCGGAAGAAGUGGGCGUUGUCUCAAAGGAAGCAGCAGUCAGCAUCGUCUCUGCCCACAUCGCCUCGUGUCUUCCAAACAUUCAUUCACUCGCUAUGGAAGUUGAAUAUGAAAACUUCCAGAAGGACCUUGAGGUAAUCACUCAAGGGAUGUUCGACAAACCGCCUGAACAAGAACCUGAAGAAGAAGAAAAAGAAGAAGAAAAAGAAGCAGAAGAAGAAGAGGAAUAA